UAUUCGCAAUCCUCCUUCACUUUCUACUUACCUCGAAGAGACCGAGUGAGCGUCAGUGCAUUAAGCGCUUCUCGUCCGAAAUCCACCAUAUCCACCCUCUCGAUUCAAUUCAUCCUUAUCAGUUGCGCAUCAUCUGACUGUUACCAUGUCUUCAACUACAGCCAUGCCAACUACCGCCCCUGCCAACCCAUCCAAGCCGCACGAUGUCCGCAAGAAGCUCUGGACACUCGUCAAGCAGCGCAGAAUCGGCGAGCUCGUCACCGCCAUCAAGCAGAUCGUCCGUAGCGACAUCCAGCAUCUUGCCGACAUCACCGCAGGCCGCAAGUUGAACUUCAAGACCUUUGUCCUUGUCUGCAAUGAGGCUGGCAAGACCCACACUGGUUGUAUUGCUGUCAUCACCCUUGCUGUCGUCGCUGUUGUCGCUUGCAUUGUCGUUACUGUUUACCCCUGGGCUGUUGCUACGCCUUUGUUGAAUGCUCUUGGCUUUACCGGUGCUGGACCUGCUGCUGGUUCGGUCGCUACUGCUGCUCAGUCAACCUUUGGUGUCGGACCUAUCUUCGGCAUCAUGCAGAGUGCUGCCAUGUCUGGCUACGGAGGUCCUGUUGUCGCUGCCAUCGUCUCUGGAGUUGCUGCUGCCAUUGCCGUCUUUCUUGGCGUCAAGUUGUGGUCUGCUCGUAAGAACAAGACUGUCUAAGUCGUUCUUGACUACCGCUCUGUGCGUUGAGUUCUGGUUGAAGGACACAUCGAUCACACUUUGAGAUGUUGUUGUCUUGCAGAUUUCACAGGAAGCGAGUUCACAUGCCGACGUAUUUGAGCCUCGGCAAUGGAAUCCCGGGCUCGGGGGAUUGUUUUCCGUGCUGGCUUCGAGAUGAGAAGAAGGAGAAGGAGAAUGAGAUGGAGUCUGCAGUGCUAUACUAGCAGUCUGUGUCAAUCAAACAUACUUCGUCUACAUUAAACAAUAUGGAUGUGCGUA